AUGUCUACAGCUGUUGAUCGUGAAAAGGACUGUCCGUUCUUGUUGAGAAUCUUUUAUCGCAAUGGUGGACAUAAUUUAAAUAACCAAUACACUGUAAAUUCAGUACCCAGCGACGAACUAAGCAUCUACACAUGGAAAAAUGCUACCUUGGAGGAGAUUGCACAACUGAUCGAGCAUGUCAUCCCUGAAGCAAGAGACCCAGAUGCACGCCUUGCAUUUCGAUUAGUGUAUCUCGAUAGUGAACGUGCAAGAUACAGCAGCCGAGACAUUGGUCGUGUAGUUCCAGCCAACCCAACAGACGACCAUAGCAAGACGUUGGAUGAAUGCAAAUUCUUUAUUGGUGAUUAUUUGGAUGUUGCGAUAUUCAUUGGACCACCCGCAUCCGUCAGACAUAAAUAUGGAAAUAGCAAUGCUAGACGUCCAGCAGGACCCGGAAGAGAGGGAGGAGAUCGUUUCAGUGGACGUUUAGGUUCAUCAGCAGGAGCUGGAGGCAGUGGACCUGACAGAGGUAGAAGGGACUUUGGUGGUGGAGGUGCUGGACCUUACAACAAUAAUAGCAGCAGAUAUGGAAGACCACCACAAAGAAGAGGGGAUCGAUUCUAA